GAAGAAGAAGAAGAAGAAGAAGUUGUUCCAGUUCUGCAGCUCUCCUCCAAGCCGUCUCUGAUUAUACUCAAAGAUCCUUUAUACUGUUAUACUGUCGAGAACGACAUAAAUAGAAGAAUACUGGGAGCAGUGCGAUAAAGUAUGUGGACACACACUGAAUGAUCACUUUAAAUCGAGGAAACACAGAGGGACUGUGUCCACAGUGAGGGACAGCGAGACAGCAUGAGUGAAGCCUCUGGGGACUCGGGCACGCUCUGCCUCUUUGAUGUAGACGGCACGCUCACGGCCGCGAGACAGCGUGUGACUCCAUCCAUGGCGGAGUUCCUUCAGAAGCUCAGGACUAAGGUUCGAGUCGGAGUGGUAGGAGGGUCGGACCUUAGUAAGAUCAAAGAGCAGCUGGGAGAUGAUGUGAUCCAGAAAAUGGACUACGUUUUUGCUGAGAAUGGUCUUGUGGCCUAUAAAAAUGGACAGUUACUCUCUGUCCAGUCCAUCCAGGCCCACAUGGGUGAAGAGCUACUUCAAGAUUUCAUUAACUUCUGUCUCAACUACAUGGCCAAGAUCAAACUGCCCAAGAAAAGGGGGACAUUCAUUGAAUUCCGUAACGGCAUGUUGAACAUCUCCCCUAUUGGACGCAGCUGUACACAAGAAGAAAGGAAGGAGUUCUAUGAGCUAGAUCAGAAAGAGAAAAUCAGAGAGAAGUUUGUGUCCAUAUUAAAGGAAGAGUUCAAAGGAAAGGGACUGUCAUUUUCAAUCGGAGGGCAAAUCAGUAUUGAUGUGUUUCCUGAUGGUUGGGAUAAGAGAUUCUGUCUGGGGUUUGCUGAGAAGGACAACUACUCAACCAUUCACUUCUUUGGAGACAAGACCAAACCUGGAGGAAACGACUAUGAGAUCUACUGUGACCCACGGACCACAGGCCAUGAAGUCUCCUGUCCAGAGGAAACGCAACAACUUUGUCAGCAGCUUUUCUUCUCAUGAGAGAGGAACAGCAACUGUUACUGUAUGCUGACAUUGUUUUUACAAAACAGACAAGAGGAACUUAUAUUAGGGGUCUUAUUUAUCGGUUUAAAACAUAUCUAGAGAUUGAACUACAAAAAUAAUUAAUUUAUGCGGAAAGAGCCAGCGUCAUAGUGUUGUUGACAUUACCAAAGGGUAAUGUCAAGGGCGGAGAGGGAGCACUUCCUGACUAAUAGAAGAGGGAUUUCUGGGUAUUUUGGUUGCGUUUUGAAUGAGAGAUGUAAUGGCUUUGAAUGUGAUUUAAUGGUUUUGAAUUUGUUGUUGUUGUUUUUUAAAGGAGAUUCUGGCUGUAUUAUCAACAUUACCUCAUGGUAAACCUUAAACUAAAACAAUUGGCAAUUAAAUGUGUCCAUUUGCAGUUUGUCAGUCAAAUGUUAUGGCAGUAGCAAUGACGUCUUCCUUUUUGCAUUUUAUGUAUCAUUUUUUUAUUGGGUUCUUUGCUCAGCCAUGUUUAGUAUCAUUCUAUCUAAACAAACUGUAACCAUAACCACAUCCCUUGCUGUGUGCUAUAAAAUCUUUCUCCUAGAUGGUAUAAAACAAGAAGUCAUGGUCAUCAGUAGACAUUAGCAAACUGUACAUUCAUGUGGAAAUAUUAUCAGUGAGUGUAUCAAUAUUUUUUGUGGCCCCUAUGGUACCUCACAACAUUUUUUGAGAAUGUAUCUGAAAAGUAUAGCUUUGUACAAUUGUGUGACGUUCCCAAUACAUGACACUUGAACUUGAAUGUAGUAUCAAUUUGUAUCCAAAUUCUGCUGUAAAAGAUGUGAUAUUUGGGAAAUAAUGAAGAAAAAAU